AUGGCAGCUCAAGAAGGUACGUUCUAUGGCGGCGCAGUCGGUCUAGUGGCAGACGCUCGUCGGCGACCGGCGCUGAUGCACCCGCCCGCUUCCCACAGGCUACGACGACCUCUACGACGACCUCUACGGUGACAACGAGCAACACGAUUCCAAGCCCGUCGUCCUCGCCGGUUCAACCGCAACGACCUCGACGGGCCCCGCCUCCAACACCGCCUCCAACACCGCCUCCAACACCGCCCCCGCCGCCGCCACCGCCCCUACCUCUUCCACCGGUGUGAAUGCAUCUACACCCUCCGCGCCGGCGGAUACGAAACCUACCUUUUCAGCUUCUUCAGGAGGCCCGAUGCAAGGGCUGCAACAACAUGGUCAAGCGAUGGGCAUCGGGAUGGCUGUGCAAGCACAGAGCCGAGCACCGGCGGGCGUGUCGAACCCCAUGAUGGGACAGCCUCAGCAGGCGCAGCACAACAACAACCGAACUGAUUCGACCGAAGAAGGGUAAGGGAUCACUUUGUGCUGCUUGAUGUGAACCAACUCACCUCCGAGCCGGGCAAGGACAAGGACGAGCCGUCCCUGACGCGUCAGACGCCCACAUACGGAUGCUACCCCUGCACGGUCCAUCGUUGCAUCUCUUGUCCUCUGUCGCUCCCGAGAUAUCCUAUACGAGCUGCGAGCGGCCCUAGGCCUUGUUGGCGUAUCGUCUACCUCUCGAUCUACGCUGCCCUACCCAUCGUCGUCCGAGGGAGCUGUCUGCCCUACCCAGCACUUGUUCCGCUACUACGUCUACUCUACUCCAUAGCCGAAACUCGCUAGGUCCUCCCUCCCCUUGUCUUCGAUACAUACACAAUAUCGGGUAGGACCCUCUGUCUUUCUUUGUUGUUGCUGAUCAAUUUUCACGCAUUCUUCUUCCCUUUCGUCCCACGCAAACGCAUUGAAUCACUCUGCUGUCUUCAUCUGAUCUCCGGUGGUAUGUAUUCGUGGGUCUUUGUCCCAUCGCUCUAUUCGAGCAAUACAGCAAGAUGUUCAUUGGUGGUUUGAACUGGGACACGAACGAGGGUGAGCCCUUUGCACCCACCCACAACCUCCACUCAUCCAUGACCCGCUCAACUCACCCGACCCGACGAUGUGCUCAGAAUCCCUCCGCGCGUAUUUUUCCCAAUUCGGCCCCAUCAUCCAAUCCAACAUCAUGCGUGAUCAAGAGACCGGUCGUUCGCGUGGGUUCGCCUUUUUGACGUACGAGACCAAGGCCGCGGUGGACAAGGUCUUGGCGCACGGGGAACAUUAUUUGGACGGAAAGACGGUGCGCGCUCGCUCCCCUUUCACGCUCGAUCCGGGUCAACUCGCACUGAACGCCUCGCUCUUCUUCUUUUCUUGAACGUAUCGCAGAUCGAUCCCAAACGCGCCGUCCCGCGUUCUUCGAACCCCAAAUCCGACAAACUCUUCAUCCGUCUGCUCCCGCAAAGCUGCACCCCCGAAUCCUUCCGCACGUACUGGCAACCCUUCGGCGUCGUCACCGACGCGACCUUGAUGAUGGAUAAAGAAACCGGUCGUCAUCGUGGGUUCGGUUUCGUGAAUUUCGAAUCGGGCGAAAGUACGGAGAAGGUGCUGAACAGUCAACCGCAUUACAUGGAUGGCAAUUUGGUCAGUUCUGCUUCGGGCGAAAAUUAAAGGAAGGAUCCUGAUCUUGGUGCGCUGUUCUUUUCCUAGUUGGAGGUCAAACGAGCUCAAACCAAAGGCGAACAACGACGACCCGACUAUGGCAUCGACACGCGCCACAUGAACGCGGCGCAUCACAACCCCGCCGCCCACGCAGGAGGGAUGAACCUUAUGGGAGGUGGUGUCGGUGGCGGCGGAAUGGGCGGCCUCGCAGGAGCCGGUGGUGGCUUUGGAGCUAACCCUGCUCUAGGCGGUGUCACCGGAGCCGUCGGUGGUAUGCCCAAUAUGAACGCCCCUUUCGACCCUAACGCCAUGUCCAAAUUCUUCGCUCAAAUGGGUUGGGGCGCCUGGAAUCCUAUGAUGAUGCCGGGGAUGGGCGGAGGGUUCGAUCCUACGAUGGGGAUGGGAGGAAUGGGUGGCAUGGGAGGGAUGAUGGGCGUGCCUGGGAUGAGCGGGAUGCCUGCGAUGGGGGGAAUGGGCAUGGGCAUGGGCAUGGGUGGGAUGGGGGGUGGGGUAGCACCUGUUGGACAGGGUGGGGAAGGGAGCUUCGCGGCGCCUAUGCGGGGUGGGGGUGCGAUGGGGGGUGGUCAUAGGGGUGGGAUGAGAGGCGGGGCAAGGGGAGCGUUCUCGGUCUGUUUUCAGAGCCAUCUACAUCUUCCUCUAAGAACAACGACUGACUCGCGAGGGUUCACUAUGUUUAGGGCGGUCGUGGAGGACAUCAAGCAGGUGGCGUUGCGGGUGGACCAGCAGGUGCGGCGGGUGCAGCGGGCGCUGCAACUGAUGGCACCGGUCCUCAGAGAAAUGCUGGUCGUGGGGCUGGAUUUCAUGUGA